CACCUGAGCGCGCACCGCGCCCGCCUCCCCGGCCGGCUCUCGGGGAUCUAAGGCUGCAGGCUCGGGAAGGAGAUGCUCAGGGUCGCCGGGCACCACCCUCUGGCCCCGCUCAGCCGUCCCUAGCUUCCCACGGCGGCGCUCCGAGCGGCCACUCGCACGCAGGCUGCGGGGAAGACACCUUUCCAACCUCGGCCUUUUGGAGACACCCCUGACCCAAGCAGGUCUCUCUCUGGAAGGGGCUGAGGUCCCUGUUGGCGCAUCCCUCAUGGCCAAGCCUCUGCCGCUAGUUCUCUGCUUUGCUCUGGUCGUGGCACGAAUCUGGGGGUCCAGCACGCCCCCCACAGGAUCCAGCGAGCCCCCUGAUGUGCCAACCGUGGCGCCCACCGAGGAGGACGAGACUCUGCAAAACGAGGCGGACAACCAGGAGAACGUUUUAUCUCAGUUGCUGGGAGACUAUGACAAGGUCAAGGCUGUGUCUGAGGGCUCUGACUGUCAAUGCAAGUGUGUGGUGAGACCUCUGGGCAGAGAUGCCUGCCAAAGGAUCAAUGAGGGGGCAUCCAAGAAGGAAGACUUCUACACCGUGGAAACCAUCACCUCAGGCUCAUCCUGCAAGUGUGCCUGUGUCGCUCCCCCAUCUGCCCUCAAUCCCUGUGAAGGAGACUUCAGGCUCCAGAAGCUGCGGGAGGCGGACAGCCGUGACUUGAAGCUCUCCACGAUUAUAGACAUGCUGGAAGGAGCUUUCUACGGCCUGGAUCUCCUGAAGCUGCACUCAGUCACCACCAAACUGGUGGGGCGAGUGGAUAAGCUGGAGGAGGAAGUGUCUAAAAACCUCACUAAGGAAAAUGAACAAAUCAAAGAAGACAUGGAAGAAAUUCGAACUGAGAUGAAUAAGCGAGGCAAAGCAAACUGCUCCGAGGACAUCCUAGACAGCAUGCCGGACAUCCGUUCAGCCCUACAGAGGGACGCCGCGGCAGCCUAUGCCCCGCCAGAGGAGCAGUAUGAAGAGCGGUUUCUGCAGGAAGAAAGCGUGUCGCAGCAGAUCAACUCCAUCGAGCACCUGCAGACGCGGCCCCUGGCACCCCCUGCAGUGGUGAAGCCACAGCGGCCCCUGCAAAGGCAGGUGCACCCGAGGGCCCGGCCAGCCUCCAAGCCCACCGUCAUCCGGGGCAUCACCUACUAUAAAGCCAAGGUCUCCGAGGAAGAGAACGACAUCGAAGAGCAGCAUGACGAGCUUUUCAGUGGUGACAGUGGAGUAGAUUUGCUGAUUGAAGAUCAGCUCCUGAGACACGAAGACCUACUGACCAGUGUCACCCGGAGGCCAGCAGCCACCAGGCAUGGUACUGCCAUGACAACUGACCCCAGUGUCCAGACCACAGCCCCGUCCUCAGCACCACCCCAGGCCUCCAGCUCAGCGACUCUGCAGACGGCCUCAGCAUCUCCUACAUCUUCUACUCAGGCCCCGGCCACCAUGGUGGCCCAUCCAGCCACCCAGCCACCUCCAACAGUGACUCCUGAAGACCUGUUUCUGGAAGCUCCGCACACUGUCCCCAUGCCCCCUGGCACAGUCUGGACCGACACACUAGGGGAAGAUGCUACUGCUGGGCAGGGAACAAGCCCUGUUGGCCCCACCCUGAGCCCUGAAGAGGAAGACGACAUCCGGAAUGUCAUAGGAAGGUGCAAGGACACCCUCUCCACAAUCACGGGGCCGACCACCCAGAAUACAUAUGGGCGGAACGAAGGAGCCUGGAUGAAGGACCCCCUGGCCAAGGACGAGCGGAUUUACGUAACCAACUAUUACUAUGGCAACACCCUGGUAGAGUUCCGGAACCUGGAGAACUUCAAACAAGGUCGCUGGAGCAAUUCCUACAAGCUUCCAUACAGCUGGAUCGGCACAGGCCACGUAGUGUACAACGGAGCCUUCUACUAUAACCGGGCCUUCACCCGCAACAUCAUCAAGUAUGACCUGAAGCAGCGCUAUGUAGCUGCCUGGGCCAUGCUCCACGACGUGGCCUAUGAGGAGGCCACGCCCUGGCGGUGGCAGGGCCACUCGGACGUGGACUUUGCUGUGGAUGAGAAUGGCCUGUGGCUUAUCUAUCCGGCCCUGGAUGAUGAGGGCUUCAGCCAAGAGGUCAUCAUCCUGAGCAAGCUCAAUGCCGUGGACCUGAGCACUCAGAAGGAGACCACAUGGCGUACUGGGCUCCGGAGGAAUUUCUAUGGCAACUGCUUUGUCAUCUGUGGAGUGCUCUAUGCAGUGGACAGCUAUAACCAGCGGAACGCCAACAUCUCCUACGCCUUUGACACCCACACCAAUACGCAGAUUGUCCCGAGGCUGCUGUUUGAGAAUGAAUACUCCUAUACCACCCAGAUAGACUACAAUCCCAAGGACCGCCUCCUUUAUGCCUGGGACAAUGGCCACCAGGUCACCUACCACGUCAUCUUUGCCUACUGACACCUUCGUCCCUACAGGAAGCACAGAGGGGCCUCUUGCACCUUGUGUAUGUGUGUGCCUGUGUGUUUGUGAGUGUGUCUGAUGGGUCUGUAUUGUUUUUAAAUAUAUAUUAUUUUGUAUAAUAUUACAAAUGUAAAAUGACAGUUUGGGUUUAUUUUUUUUAAUAUGGAUUGUAGAUCAAUCCAUACGUGUAUGUGCUGGUCUCAUCCUCCACAGUUUAUAUUUUUGUGCAAACGAACUUCUCCAUUGACCAGUAACCACCUUCUCUCAUGCCUUCUGUCCCUCUGGCUCCUGGCACUUGUGCCCGCAAGACCCAGAUGAAGAACGCCUUUCUGCGGUUGAGCUCCAGGAGCCGGAGGGAAGGAGGCACGAAAGAAGUGCCAAGUGGUGGGAAAAAGUUUUAUGUAACGGAGAGGUUUUAAAAAUCAAGAAAAAAAUGCUUUUUUUUUUUUU